UCAGCGCGGUUGGCACCGGCGGCGUCUGGGGACUCCGGCCGGAGCGGCGCUCGCUGCGGGCCGCACUCAUGGCCUCGCUGCUGCGGUUCGACGGGCGCGUGGUGGUGGUCACCGGCGCGGGCGGAGGACUAGGCCGAGCCUAUGCACUGGCUUUUGCAGAAAGAGGAGCCUCCGUUGUUGUGAAUGACUUAGGAGGUGAUUUCAAGGGAGUUGGUAAAGGCUCCUUGGCUGCAGACAAGGUUGUUGAAGAGAUACGAAGGAAGGGUGGAAAGGCCGUGCCCAACUAUGACUCGGUGGAAGCUGGAGAGAAGAUUGUGAAGACGGCCCUGGAUGCAUUUGGGAGAAUAGAUGUUGUGGUCAACAAUGCAGGGAUUCUGAGGGACCGCUCCUUCUCCAGGAUCAGUGAUGAGGACUGGGAUAUGAUUCAGAGAGUUCAUUUGCGGGGCUCUUUCCAGGUGACCCGGGCAGCAUGGGAACACAUGAAGAAGCAGAACUACGGAAGGAUCAUUAUGACUUCGUCAGCUUCAGGAAUAUAUGGCAACUUUGGACAAGCAAAUUACAGUGCCGCUAAGCUGGGCAUCCUGGGCUUGGCAAAUACGCUUGCGAUUGAAGGCAAGAAGAGCAACAUCCACUGUAACACCAUUGCCCCUAACGCCGGGUCCCGCAUGACUCAGACGGUCAUGCCAGAAGAUCUUGUUGAAGCCCUAAAGCCCGACUAUGUGGCACCCCUGGUCCUCUGGCUUUGCCAUGAGAGUUGUGACGAAAAUGGUGGAUUAUUUGAGGUUGGAGCAGGAUGGAUUGGAAAAUUGCGCUGGGAGCGGACCCUUGGAGCCAUUGUAAGGCAGAGGAACCAGCCCAUGACCCCCGAGGCCGUGAGGACCCACUGGGAGAAGAUCUGCGACUUCCGAGAGGCCAGCAAGCCUCAGAGUGUCCAAGAAUCAACAAGCGGCAUUAUUGAAGUUUUACAUAGAGUAGACUCAGGAGGAGGAAUUUCAACAAACCAUACCAGUCAUUCAGCACCGUCCACAGCCUCGUCUGGAAUUGACAGCGCUAUUGGCUAUAAACUCCCUUCUUUUUCCACCGCGUACACCCAACUGGACACUAUCAUGUAUGCCCUUGGCGUGGGGGCGUCAGUCAGAGACCCGGAGGAUCUGAAGUUUGUUUACGAGGGGAGCUCCGACUUCUCCUGUCUGCCCACCUUUGGUGUUAUUGUUGCUCAGAAGUCUUUGAUGGAUGGAGCGCUGGCCGAGGUGCCUGGGCUUUCAAUCAACCUUAUGAAGCUUCUUCACGGAGAGCAGUACCUGGAGUUAUAUAAGCCACUUCCUAGAGAAGGAAAAUUAAGAUGUGAAGCAGUUAUUGCUGAUGUCCUAGAUAAAGGAUCCGGCCUUGUGAUUCUUUUGGAUGUCUAUUCUUACGUGGAAAAGGAGCUUAUCUGUUAUAAUCAGUUCACUAUCUUUGUUGUUGGCUCUGGAGGCUUUGGUGGUAAACCAACAUCAGAAAAAGCCAAGGUAUCUGUGGCCACACCUAGUAGGCCUCCUGAUGCUGUACUUACAGAUACCACCUCACUUAAUCAGGCUGCUUUGUACCGCCUCAGUGGAGACUGGAAUCCCUUACACAUUGAUCCUAACUUUGCUAGCAUGGCAGGUUUUGAGAAGCCCAUAUUACAUGGAUUAUGUACCUUUGGAUUUUCUGCAAGGCAUGUUUUACGGCAGUUUGCAGAUAAUGAUGUGCUGAGAUUCAAGGCAAUUAAGGCUCGUUUUGCAAAACCAGUGUAUCCAGGUCAAACUCUACAAACUGAAAUGUGGAAGGAAGGAAACAGAAUUCAUUUUCAAACCAAGGUGCAGGAAACAGGCACCAUUGUCAUUUCAAAUGCGUACGUGGACCUUGUGCCAGCCACGGCUGCUUCUGCUGAGACACCCUCUGUGAAUGGCCAGCUCCAGAGCGCUCUUGUUUUUGAGGAGAUAGGCCGGCGCCUGAAGGAGGUUGGGCGUGAGGUGGUGAAGAAAGUCCACGCUGUGUUUGAGUGGCACAUCACUCAAGGUGGACACACUGUGGCCAAGUGGACUAUUGACCUGAAAAACGAUGCUGGAAAAGUGUAUCCAGCCCCUGCAGAAGUCGCUGCCGAUGUCACGAUCAUCAUUUCAGAUGAAGACUUCAUGGAGGUGGUCCUGGGCAGGCUCGACCCCCAGAAGGCCUUCUUCAGUGGCCGACUGAAGGCCAAAGGGAACAUCAUGCUGAGCCAGAAACUUCAGAUGAUCCUCAAAGACUAUGCUAAGCUCUGAGAGUCCUGCCCGCCAGACUUAACAGUGCUUCUUCUCACCCGUGUGGUGGUCAUGCUGCAGAAGGGGUGAAACUAAAAUACAGGGGAAACUGCCUAAGGGUUCAGGGUUCAGGUACCUUUUCAGAUUUUUAUUUUCUACUAAUUUUUCACAUAUUAUUUUUACAAGAAACUGCAAUCUAGCACAUAAUUCUGCUACCAGAUCUGUAUCUUCAUAAUAAAUUCUCAUGAAUCCAGUUUCUUUAGAACCUGUAAUAGCAAUUGUAACUUGAAAGGAAAAAUCAAUAAAAGCUGCUUUGAGACCUUUUA